AUGCUCUUAUCGGAUCAAGGCAUGACUUCCAACAAUCAUCACACGGAUUCGAUCAAUGAAUCAUCAUCCAGUACGACUCAAGCCACUAGCUCCUCCUCUGCAGAUUCUCUUCAAUCUUCAAAAGGAUACAAUAGCAGCCGAGGUAAUCAGCAACAAUCAUCAUCAUCGUUAUCGGAUGGUGGAGGUCAUGUCAAUUCAUCAUCCAAUACCGAUGAGGAAGGACAUCAUAGCUACGUGAAACGAUCCUCUUCAAAAUAUGACUUUGUCAAAGUCCGAGUUGGAUUAGAAAAUCACUAUUACAUUCUUUCUCGGUUUAUCGUGAGCAGAAUUUUGACCGUUAUUCAAGUCAAGUACAAAGACUCGAUUAAAAUUGCUUUGGAAUUGAAAAAGACACUGGUGGAUUUAAACUUGUUAAAUAUUCCUCAAGAAGAAUUAGAAAAACAAUUGUUUGAUAUUAUGAGAAAAUAUGGGUAUGGAGAUCAAACGAUCACACGAUACAAACUCAUGUCUUUGUUUCAUCACAAACGUAUACCUUUACUGAUAUUAGUGUUUGGAACAGGUUGUGUUGGUAAAAGCACACUCGCCACUCAGUUAGGAGAAAGAUUGAACACUCCAAAUGUUGUACAGACCGAUGUAGUUUUAGAUCUCAUUAAUUCAUUUAAUUUACAUAGCAGCAAGAAUGCCAAAUCGUACGAAAAACAAAUUCCUGUUUGGUUUUCAAAGUUUCCAGACAAGAAAUCGUUUUUAACACAAUACAAGGAACAAUGUGUAUUUAUGAAAAAAGCGUUGCAAGGAGACAUUGAAAAGUGCUUUGGUGACGGUAAAUCAUUAAUCAUUGAGGGCAGCCAUAUUGACCCAGAAAUUUAUAAGGACAUGUUUGAAACUUACAUUUCAAAUGACAAUCAAUCUGAUAAGAAGGAAGGCAUUAUCAUACCAUUUUUCAUAUCCGUCUCUAACAAGGAAGAACAUGAACUGUUUUUUGAGCAAUGGCUUUCCAAACGAGAGCAUGAUAUUUAUGACAGCCGUACUCACACAUUAGGAACCAAUUUUGAUGAAAAACUGCAAACUCUCUCCGAAAACUUUCAAUACAUGCAAGAAUAUUACGAAGAAAGCACCACAAAUAUGCCUUAUAUCCACAAGGUGGUCAUUAAUCACAGAAGACUUGAUGAAACACUUGAUACUCUCCAUAAUUGUGUUUUGGAUAGAAUAUUCUCUGUUGUUGAAAAAAUCAAGGAAUAA